AUGAUGGCUAUAAAAAAUAUGUUUUGGGCUACUUCUUUAAAGCAAGGCAGCAACUAUACCCUAAAGCCAAAAGUAGUAAAAAGUAAUCUUCUUCACAUUUCCCAAUGUAUUCUUCAUCCAAAUGGGCCUGAAGGACUUAACACAAUCUUUGUUACUAUUGAAGAUAAAAAAUAUCCAGUUGCAAAUCUAGAUAAGAAAUCAUCAGACUCUACCCAACUCAAUCUGUAUUUUGAGGCUGAGUCUUCACCUGUUUUUUCUCUUCAAGGACCUGGCGAAGUCUCUCUAUUAGGUUAUUUCGAGCCAGAAAGCAGCCAAAAAAGUAAUGAAGAAUCUGAUGAGGAAGAAGAAGUAAGUGAGGAAGAGAGUGAAAGUGAAAGCGAAAAAGAAAAGCCUAAACCAAAUGAUGGUCAAAAGAAAGAUAAAAUUCAAGAAAAGCCUCAAAAUCAAGCAAAACCUAAAGCUCAAGCUAAGGUUGAGUCUUCUAGUGAAGAAAGUGAGAGCGAGGAGAGUGAAGAAGAAAAAGAAAGUGAUGAGGAAAAGGAUAGUGAUAAAGAAAAAGAUAGCGAUGAGGAAAGCAGUGAAACUGAACAAGAGCUGCCAAAAAAGAGAGAAGGAGGCCCAACAUCUGCAGGAAAACCGCAAAAGCAAGCGAAAGGGCAAGAAGUAAAGGCUCAGCCUCAAAAGCAGCAGCAAAAGACACCUCAAAAGCAAGAAAACCAACAAAAACAGCAAACUCCUCAGCAAAAGCAGCAAAAGCAGCAAACUCCUAAUCAAAAGCAGACUCCUCAACAAAAACAAGCUCCUCAGCAAAAACAGCAAACUCCUCAGCAAAAGCAGCAAACGCCUAAACAGUCAACUCCUGCUGCUAAAUCAGUAGAAAAAAGCGGUCAAAAAACAAAUGAAAAAUCUGGGAAAAAAUAA